GAAACGCGCGCGCCUUCGAGCUCGGACCCCGGACCGCCGCCGCUGCCGCAGCCGCCGCCGCCGGGCGCGCGCCCCCGUCGCCCCCUCCGCGCCUUCCGCCCGCCAUGGAGGCGAGGCCGCCGCCGCCGCCGCGGGGCUCGGAGCCGCGGGCCGGGCGGCGGCCCUGAGGGCGUGUGGCGGGCCGAGCCGCCGUCCCCGCCCAGCGCCGGGCUCGGUGCCACAAUAAAAAAGGUAUUUAUGGAAUUCCAAAAGUGGUGAUGGAUGAUACAGUUCAAAUAACGGAGUGUUCAGGGACUGUUCCUGACUCUGCGCUCAGGAGUGACUUCUGGCAAUGCUUGGUGGACCAUAUGUGGUACCAGGGGAUUGUACUGAGGUCAGCUUCAUGCAAGAUCAGCAUGGAUUCCUGGUUCAUUCUUAUUCUGCUUAGCAGUGGUCUGAUACAUGUCAGUGCCAACAAUGCUACCACAGUUUCACCUUCUGUAAACAUUACGGGAUCAAUUAAAGCAUCAACAAUAGAAUCUGUUAAAGAGACCAAAACUUCAAAUUCUGCUCCUUCAGCAACUUCUCUUUCUGUGGCACCAACUUCCAGCCCAAAUGUAACUCUGGAGCCAACCUAUGUAACCAGUGUCAAUUCUUCAGACUCUGACAACGGGACCACAAGGACAUCAAACCCCUAUUCUGUAGUCACUACACUUUCACCAAAUGGAACAUGGCUUACAGAUGCCAGUACAGAACUUUGGGAGGGGAAUUCCAGCACUGCAGCAACCACUCCAGAAACUUUCUCUCCUUCAGGUAAUUCUGACUCGAAGGACAGAAGAGAUGAGACACCAAUUAUUGCAGUGAUGGUGGCCCUGUCCUCUCUGUUAGUGAUUGUGUUCAUUAUCAUAGUGCUAUACAUGUUAAGGUUUAAGAAAUACAAGCAAGCUGGGAGUCAUUCUAAUUCUUUCCGAUUAUCCAACGGUCGCACUGAGGAUGUGGAACCCCAGAGUGUACCACUUCUGGCCAGGUCCCCCAGCACCAACAGGAAGUACCCACCCCUGCCUGUGGACAAGUUGGAAGAAGAAAUCAACCGGCGAAUGGCAGAUGAUAAUAAGCUCUUCAGAGAGGAAUUCAACGCUCUCCCUGCUUGUCCUAUUCAGGCCACCUGUGAAGCUGCCUCCAAGGAGGAAAAUAAGGAAAAAAAUCGAUAUGUGAACAUCUUGCCUUACGACCACUCUAGAGUUCACCUAACACCUGUUGAAGGAGUUCCAGAUUCUGAUUACAUCAAUGCUUCAUUCAUAAAUGGAUACCAAGAAAAGAACAAAUUCAUUGCUGCACAAGGACCAAAAGAAGAAACAGUGAAUGAUUUCUGGAGGAUGAUCUGGGAGCAAAACACAGCCACCAUUGUAAUGGUAACCAACCUGAAGGAGAGAAAGGAGUGCAAGUGUGCCCAGUACUGGCCAGACCAAGGCUGCUGGACCUACGGGAAUAUUCGUGUGUCGGUAGAGGAUGUGACCGUUCUUGUGGACUACACAGUGCGAAAGUUCUGCAUUCAGCAGGUGGGUGACAUGACCAACAGGAAACCACAGCGCCUCAUCACUCAGUUCCACUUCACCAGCUGGCCAGACUUCGGAGUGCCUUUCACCCCAAUCGGCAUGCUCAAGUUCCUCAAGAAGGUGAAGGCCUGUAACCCGCAGUAUGCAGGGGCCAUCGUCGUCCACUGCAGUGCUGGUGUAGGGCGUACUGGCACCUUUGUCGUCAUCGAUGCCAUGCUGGACAUGAUGCAUACAGAGCGGAAGGUCGACGUAUAUGGCUUUGUGAGCCGGAUCCGGGCACAGCGCUGCCAGAUGGUGCAAACGGAUAUGCAGUAUGUCUUCAUAUACCAAGCCCUUCUAGAGCAUUAUCUCUACGGAGAUACGGAACUGGAAGUGACCUCUCUAGAAACACACCUGCAGAAAAUUUACAACAAAAUUCCAGGGACCAGCAACAAUGGGCUAGAGGAAGAGUUCAAGAAAUUAACAUCUAUCAAAAUCCAGAAUGACAAGAUGCGAACUGGAAACCUCCCGGCCAAUAUGAAGAAGAACCGGGUUUUACAGAUCAUUCCAUAUGAGUUCAACAGGGUGAUCAUUCCAGUCAAGAGGGGUGAGGAAAACACAGACUACGUGAAUGCUUCCUUCAUUGAUGGUUACCGCCAGAAAGAUUCCUACAUUGCCAGCCAGGGCCCUCUUCUCCACACCAUUGAGGACUUCUGGAGGAUGAUCUGGGAGUGGAAAUCCUGCUCUAUCGUGAUGCUGACAGAACUGGAGGAGAGAGGCCAGGAGAAAUGUGCUCAGUACUGGCCCUCUGACGGACUGGUGUCCUAUGGCGACAUCACGGUGGAGCUGAAGAAGGAAGAGGAAUGUGAGAGCUACACUGUCAGGGACCUGCUGGUCACCAACACCAGGGAGAAUAAGAGCCGGCAGAUCCGACAGUUCCACUUCCACGGCUGGCCUGAAGUGGGCAUCCCCAGUGACGGGAAGGGCAUGAUCAGCAUCAUCGCGGCGGUGCAGAAGCAGCAGCAGCAGUCAGGGAACCACCCCAUCACUGUGCAUUGCAGCGCCGGGGCAGGACGGACGGGGACCUUCUGUGCUCUCAGCACAGUCCUGGAACGGGUGAAAGCAGAGGGGAUCCUGGAUGUCUUCCAGACCGUCAAGAGCCUACGGCUGCAGAGACCACACAUGGUCCAGACACUGGAACAGUACGAAUUCUGCUACAAGGUGGUGCAGGAAUAUAUCGACGCGUUCUCAGAUUAUGCCAACUUCAAGUAAGAGGCGACAAGACCCCGUGGACAGAAUUGCCUUUAAUAUUUUGUAAUAUUCUGUUUUGUUAAUAUACCCAAAAUUGUGUAUAUAUCUUAUAACUGUUUUAGAAAUUGGUACAUAGGCUUCUAUUACCUAUUAGGUGGAGAUUUUUUAUGUAAAUGUGUUAGCACUGAUAGUCCUUUUUCCAAUGUUUUAUUGGAGAAUUAAUAGUGUGAUGUUUGGAUUGAUAUCGUGCACUCCUCAGCCUGGAAAUAGGGCUGCAUUGUUCUUUGGUUCAUACAUCCUCUCCUGAAGAAGAAGCAAAGCCUGUCCAGGUGGCUCAUCAUCAAGGAAGUGAAAAAAAGCACAAGUUCUCUGAGCUCUUGAGGAAAUUGGUUGUCCCCUGGCCCCACCCUCUCCCCCUCAAAUCAUGUUCCCCAUCUGCUCUGUAAAUAAUCCCUCACCCCUCCCCCACUCCACCACCCUCACGGGGAUGAAAGGGACCAGAGCGGUAUCUCUGGCACCACACUAGGGAUUAUCAGGUAAUAAAAGCUUUGACUCCCUGA